CACCCCUCCCCCUCUCUCUCCUCUCUCUCUCUCCUCUGCCGCUUCGCCGCCUCCAUCGAAGGUCCAAAGCUCGCCGCUUCCCCUUCGGCAUCUCCCCGAUCGAUCGGAAGCCAAUGGCGAUCACCUUCUCGGAUCUCCGCACGGAAUCGGGCCUCAAGUCCCUCGACGAGUUCCUCUCCGGCAAAACUUACAUCUCCGGAGAUCGGCUCACGAAGGACGACGUGAAGGUGUACGCCGCGGUUCCGGAGAAGCCCGGGGGCUCGUUCCCUAAUGCCAGCAAGUGGUACGAGUGCGUGUCCUCGCAUCUCGCCGAGAGCUUCCCUGGCAAAGCUGCUGGUGUUAGAGUAGGUGCCAAAUGUGCUCCAGUUGAAGAAGCUAAGGAGGCUGCUCCUGCUGGGGAUGACGACGACUUGGAUCUCUUUGGUGAAGAGACAGAGGAGGACCAGAAGGCUGCAGAAGAGAGGGAGGCAGCCAAAAAGGCAUCCACAAAGAAGAAAGAAAGUGGAAAGUCAUCUGUCCUCUUGGAUGUGAAGCCUUGGGACGAUGAGACAGACAUGAAGAAGCUGGAAGAGGCUGUUAGGAGUGUGGAGAUGCCUGGGCUCUUCUGGGGGGCUUCAAAACUGGUUCCAGUGGGUUACGGAAUUAAGAAGUUGCAGAUCAUGAUGACCAUUGUGGAUGACCUUGUCUCAGUGGACACCCUCAUCGAGGAGCAUCUUCAAGCUGAGCCUGCCAAUGAAUACAUUCAGAGUUGUGACAUCGUCGCCUUCAACAAAAUCUAAGAACGGUGCUUCCAAAGUGCUGUGCAGGAAUGGCCUUUUUGUCGCGAUAAUGUAGCUUUACUUACUAGCAUUCCAUUGCUGCUCUUUAAGCUUUCUUCCGGACAUUCACUUUCAGCAAGGGGAAAGAUGAUACGCUUGCCCUUGAAUUGGAUGUUCUACACUUAUGCGUUGACUAAGAUAGUCUUGUUUGGACGUGUUGUCGUGGUAUAAUCUUAAUUCUUCCCACCUUAUCGAUUUCGUUGAGGGAGAGCUUUA